GUGGAAGCGCGUUCCUGGCCACUUAACUCUGCUGGUGAUGGUGGCGAAGGUUCCACCAGGGGAGUUUGAUCCUCCUCACAGAUGGCCUUCCAGCUCAUGUAACUCGCAACUGUAAACAAGGCAGGUCCUGAAAAUCUGGAAGUUACUCUGUAGUGAAGACGGGAAGAUUUUACCAUCACUGGGGUGGGUGUGUGUGUGCGUGGUGGCUAACCACAACAUAAAUUAUGCAGUAACCAGAGAAAAUAAUAGACGGGAGGUGGAGCUGAACAUGACUAUGGGAACUAUAUACAUUUACUGUCCGUGGGAGGACAGUUCUCCAGAGCCUCUUCUGGACAUAUGUGGGAAAUAUGUUAUUGCUCACCCUGAAACUUUCUGUGUAUUACACCAAGAAACUGGUCUGUGGUGCCUCAGACCAGGUGUUGCUCUCCCAACAGAAAUAUGUGAAAAGUUGAUAAGUCUGUGGCAAGACAGGGAUCCUGAGGCACUGGAUGAUAGAUUUAUUAAUAUUUUCAAAGACUUGACUAACACGAGGUUAAAACGUAUAACGUUAAGAAACUCUGGGGUGUCGGAUGGUGGCCUGAAUCUCUUACUUUCUCAUCAUUUAGUAGAGCUAGAUAUUAGUAACUGUAUUAAACUCUCAGAAAGAACAUUAGAAAACAUUAAUAGAGUUGGUGACAGUCUAACAGCUUUAGUGAUUGGAAAAACCAAAGAUAUUUUACCAGACUCUGUGUAUUCACCAUCUCUUGAAUCCAGUGACAGUUCAGACUCCAGUCCUGUUAGCGAAAUCAAACAAAGGGGAUACAUCUUGCGAACACCAAAUUUGAAAAAACUGGUGGUUCGAGAGCUAUAUCUGCCUAAAGAAAAGGAAUACUUUUCUCUCCUCCUGAAGCCUCUUACAAAACUCACUCAUUUGGACUUGUCAGGCUGCUUGUUUCUUAACGAUGCAUCUUAUAUCCUUCCCAUGAAGUAUCUAGUCUCCAUAAACCUGCAUAAUGUCCAAAGAAUACAAGAGGCAAUUCCAGCCAUCUCGGAGAUGAAAACAUUAAAAUUUCUGGACAUUUCUCAAGCCAACCAGAAGUAUGGUGUGUUCGAGUCACCAGACACUGUCCUAGCCAACCUGGUGUCAAGUCUACCCAAUCUAAUCAGUCUUGACAUUUCUGGCACAAAUUUGUGUGGGGAUGGUACUUUUGAUGAAUACAGAGACUUGGAAAAGAAGAGCGAAGAUAGUGGAAACAUGGAGACAGACCUGUGUGAUAUCCCAGGACUCAGAAGUCGGAUACAAAACCCACUGGAGUUUCUUGGACUGUAUAACACACUUCAUGAUGCAUGUCACAGAAAUCACAUCCCUGCCAAAGUAAUCACUGGUGAUGCAAGUGAGGAACAGAUCUUGGCAGCCACAGCAGCAUAUCUCGACAGACCAGAAGUACUAGUUAAGGCUUUGAAUGAACUUUUUCACAUCUUCCGGUUUGAGACGUGUCAUGAUCAGCAGAGGGCCCUUAAUUUAAUUUUACUCUCUAUGUUAAGACAUCGCAGAGAGAAACAUAUUCAAAUAUCGGGGAGUGCAUCGCUAUUCUACAUUGCAAAGGGAGAAGAUAAAAAUAGCUUAAGUGUUAGAGCAAGACAGAAGAUGAUAAUAGUUUUGCUAGAUGCAAUGGAGACACACCUUGAUGAUUCGACUAUGAUGCGCAAUGGCUGCCUCACCCUGUGCCAAUUCAGAAUACCUCAAGAUGUGCUGUUUGAAUACCGUCGCUUGGUGCAGCUGUUACUACGUUUAAUUAGAGGCAGAGGCGAUGGUGAUGAUUUUGUGCGCCGCAUUGCCAUCUAUCUCUUGAAUUCCCUAGCCUGCCAAGUGGAUGGGGAGCAGAAAGAGCUGGUUGGAGAUCUUGGUGCUAUUGAGACAAUGUUGAAGCUGAUAAACGACAGGUUACAGCGGCACAUGCAUGACGACAUGCUGGAGAUUGCUUGGUCAGCCAUGUGGAAUGUCACUGAUGAAACUCCUGUCAACUGUUUACGCUUUCUUGAUGGCCAGGGUAUGACUUAUUUCCAAAAGUGUCUUAAGGAAUUUCCGGACAAACCAGAAUUGCUGAGGAAUAUGAUGGGUUUGUUGGGCAAUGUAGCUGAAGUGAAAAACCUUAGAUCACGCCUUAUGACUUCAGAACUCCUUACAACAUUUGCUGACCUCCUGGAUUCGAACUCAGAUGGCAUUGAGGUGAGUUACAAUGCUGCUGGAGUUUUGUCCCACAUUGCAAGUGGUGGAAGUGAGGUUUGGACCAUUGAACGUCCGACAAGAAACGAAGUGCUAGAAAGGAUGGUGGCAGCAAUAGAACGAUGGGAUUUAGCAUCAAAACGUAAUAUCAAUUAUAGGUCAUUUGAACCAAUCCUCCGACUCCUAGAGGUAUAUCAUACGCCUCAGUGUCAACAUUGGGCAGCGUGGGCACUAGCGAAUCUCACACGAGUAUACCCUGACAAAUAUUGCUCUUUAGUUGAGGAGGAAGGAGGUAUUAAUCUUCUCGAAGAAUUACUGAAGUCUCCGAAACCUUACCAGCGUAUUAAAGCCCUUGCCAGAAUUGUUAUUACACAGUGCCAAAUGUUUAAGGAAUAUGGAUCCCUCGAACACAUGGAUUAUGAUUCAGACUGCUAAAAUCUCAUAAGUAUGAAAAGCUGUCUGCAGAAUUAAUCAGGGUCCUCCUGCAGCAUGCUUGUGUGUGAUACUUAAUGUCUCUCAUAUAGUAGUUAGUAUGAGACUGAUAAGAGAUUUCAAUGAAAUUUAAACAGAUUAAGUACUGUAUAGUGAGGAUAUCUUCUACACACAUUAUGUUAUGGGUGUCAACUUAAGUAUUGUUGGCUGACAUGUAAUUAAUACUGUUUAUCAAAAUUUUAGUUACAUGUUUUGGGCUUAAAAAAAUAUUUUUUCAGAUUUUUUACUCUUAUGCCAAAAGGGCAUAGAGAAUAUUUUUGGCACAUAAUUAAGCAGAAAUUGUCAGUUUGUUUUCUUAUUAGUAAGGUUUCGGAAUAUAAAAUUUGAUACUCAUUUAUUUUAUGCAUCAUAUCCUUUUAUAUAGCUGAUGACAAUAGAGUUACUGUACAGUAAACUCUCGCUAGUCCUUACUAACUGUGUCAAGACAUUUGUGAAAUUAUCAUAAGCAGCCAACCUAAAACCCAGACUUCAAAAUCUACAGUGCUGUAUUUCAAAUUUUGUGCUUGUUUAACACAAAAUAGAGAUUAGAAAUUUAAUAGUUAACAAGUUUUUAAUCUUGUCAAAUGCUUUCUGUACAAAUACUUGGUGAGAAUAAUAACUAAAUCAAUAUAAAAUAACAUUUUGUCCUUCAGCUUUCUUAAGUAUUCCAGCUAUGUAUUUGUGUUGCUUCACUACUUUCAACAAGUUGAGGACUGCCCACCAUAUUAUACAUGCAAUUUUCAUUUUGUAACUAAGUUUAGAAAAGAUGCUAUUGAUUCUUGAUGGUGUGAAAGCUGCACCUGAAUAAUAUAUGCCUUAAAAAUUCAGUUUAAAUGUUUUAAGGUGCAAUAAUGUUAUGGUGUUAGCAUGCCCACGAUUAACGGGAGUUUACUGAAAUCCUUAAUAUUAUAACUUAUACUGUAUUAAAGUUCUCUUGCAGAAGAGUAGAUUAGUAUGAAAUUUUUCAUAUAAGGAAAUACCAUUAGAAAUCUUAGUGCACACAGUUGAUUAAUUCUGAUCUAGGUUGUGUUAAUGAUUUAUUUUAAAAUUGUUUAAUAUUUAAAUUUGUCCAUUCUUGUUAUGUACCUUUUUUUAAACUGUUGAUCUUGAUCCAAUAAAAGACUUUAAAAGAA